GUUCGACCAACAUUACCUCAGGUAAUGUUGUCGUCUCGUGAAUUGUCAAGUCUUUCGAAAUAGAUAAACAAAUUGUUUGUUGUUCCCCCAAACUAAGCAACGAACUAACAGUGCAAAAGUAAUAAUCAGCUGACGAAAUGAAGUUUACAGUUGAACACAUAGGGAAGGCUGGUGGGAGAAUUGGGACAAUUUCAAGUUUACGGAGUCAACCCAACAUAAUACAUGAAACCCCUUUGUUUUUGGUGACUACUCUGGGAGGCAGUGCACCACAUCUGACUCAGGAUAAUCUUCAUCUUGUCAUCCAGAAAGAACUACCAAUUUGUGUCCCUGCUCAACAUUUUUGUGAUCAUGUUAAAACCCUGACAUCAUUCAAGAAAGGUGUUGCACACUUCGCUGCAUUAAAGAGUCAUAGUGUAUGUGUAUCAGUUCAGGACCCAUCCAAAGCAACACCAAGUGGUUACAAUGACAAGAAAGGAAUUUCAUUGUGGACAUAUAGUGGCAGACAGAUUUUAUCAGCUGAAAGAUAUCUGAUGCUGAUGGAAGCCAUGCAGCCUGAUUGGUACGAGUCCCUUAAUGAUGCCGACACAGACAGAGAUUCAUCCAAAAAGAGGAUUGCCAAGAGCUUUGCACUCUCAUCUGCUCUUCUGGACCAGUGCAUCGAAGGACAUAAAAAUUCAUCGGAAUUGCAGAAAGCAGCUCUGUUUGCUCCUUUACUUGGUGGACACAGCGAAUCAGAUCGAAGACGGUGGUCAAAGGAAGUUACAGAAAGAUUAUCUGAUGGUAUACAGGGAUUUUCACUGCUAGGAAUUCACACAAAUGGACUCACAGCAGAAAAUAUUGAACCUCAAGUGGCAUCAUCCUUAGCAAAAUCUUCUCUAGAUCCCUUACCACCCGAGUAUCCACGCCAGUCUUUUGGAGCCUGGAAUCCACUUACAGUUUUGGGUUUAAUUGAAGUUGGCAUGGACUUAUUUGAUUCCUCUUUCCCAUUCCUAGUAACAGAAAGAAGAGGUGCUCUCAUAUUUCCAAAUUCACCAAACAGUACAUCCUCCAAAAAGACUGCUAACCAAAAGCCCUUAGAACAUCAGGAUAAAAAGCUGAAAUCGGAGAAAAAUUCUGCUAAGGUGGAGGAUAAAAAGACCAAAGAUGACAAAGAAAAUGGCCUUGAAGAGGAAAAUGUGACCAGCCCAUUCGAAAUUUGCUUGAAGGAUGAAAGAAACUUUGAAUUGAUGGAACCUUUGUUGGAGGGAUGCACGUGUUACACAUGCAAGAACUUUACCAGAUCUUACAUCCACCACUUGGUCAAAGUUAAUGAGAUGCUUGCACCUGUUUUAUUAAUGAUACAUAACCUUCACCACUGGACCGCAUUCUUUGCAAGCAUAAGAUCAGCCAUCAAGGAAGACAAGCUUGAGGAGUUAAAAACAAUAGUAAAAGCCUCCAUUGAAAGUCUAUAGCAUUUACUACAGUAUAUGUUUAUUUUAAGGUUUUCAAGAGUUUUAUCUAAUCUAGAAUAAUUAAAUUUAUAGUGCUGUUUUCAAA